CCUCCGCCGCCAUCUUGAGAUAGGAGCAUUGUCGAAUACAGAUAACCAUCCUAAGCUCGCCAUUUUUUGAAAAUGAGUGACCAGCUUUGCAAACUUUUCGUCGGUGGAUUGAACGUGGACACCGACGACGAUGGCCUACGCAAACAUUUUGAGCAGUACGGCACGCUCACCGACUGCGUCGUUGUGGUGAACAAGCAGCUGCAGCGAUCUCGCUGUUUUGGCUUUGUGACCUACUCCUCACCGGAGGAGGCUGACGCAGCCAUGGCUGCUAGGCCGCACACCGUCGACGGCAACGCGGUCGAGGUAAAGCGAGCAGUGGCUAGAGAAGACGCCAACAAGCCAGAGGCUCUUGCUAAGGUUAAGAAAAUCUUCGUUGGUGGCUUAAAAGACGACAUCGAAGAAGAUCAUCUUUCCAAUUACUUUUCUCAGUACGGCCAAGUCGAGAAGGCCGAAGUCAUCUCCGAAAAGGAGACUGGAAAGAAAAGGGGGUUCGGCUUUGUGUACUUCACUGACCACGAUGCAGCUGACAAGGCCGUUGUAGUCAAGUUUCACACUGUUAAUGGACACAAAGUUGAGGUGAAGAAAGCUCUAACCAAGCAAGAGAUGCAGGCAGCCAGCAGAGGCGGAAUGUCGCAGAGAGGAAGACCAGUUAGAGGCAUGAGGGGAAAUCAAAAUGGCUACGGCGGCAGGGAUUAUGGCGGAAACUACAACUACGGAAAUGGCGGAGGCUACAAUUGUGGUGGCUACGGAGGAUACGGCGGGCCCUAUGGGGGUGGAUAUGGUGAUCAGGGAAGUGGCUAUGGUGGCGGCAAUGGUUAUAACGACUUUGGCAGCAGCUACGGCCAGCAUUCUUCUGGUUAUGGUCCCAUGAAAGGGCCAUUUGGUGGCCAGAGGAGCGCCGCUCCAUACUCCAGAGGCGGUGGCGGCGGUGGCUACCCCAGGGGGGGCUACGGUGGCGGCGGCGGUGGCGGCUACUAAAUGAUCCAGCACAAAAGCAAACAACCACCCCCAUUCCCUGCCACAAGGUACCCCUCCCCAGCCAGGAUUUGGACGCAAAAAACUCAGUCAGUAAUGGGGCGUCAGCCGUGAAACCCAACCAUGGCAGAGAUACGGACAGAGACCCCCUAAUCAUAACGAAGACCUCAAAAGCUCUAACAGGUUGCUUUGGUAACCUGGACACGAGGACAUCACCCUGAUAAUGAUGGGGUGUGUCACCAUGCAGACAAAGGACUGGAGAUUGGUUGUCACUCUCCCCUUCAGGUUAAUGGUGCUUUGGCGGAUUACAGAUCACCCAUAAUGAAAAGAAACAUCUAAUGAUGACAGUGCUUGUUAUGAUUGCAAAUAAAUCUAUAUAUUUUUCAUA